UAUUUGUCUUUUCGUCUGCUACAUCAUGUCAUGAAAUUAUAGCUUUCAAUUUGGUUUAAAAUAUCCCUAAAAUAAUUUUUAUGAGCUAUUUUGUGAGCCCUUUAAAAACUGACAGUAUAAGUAAAUGUCUCAGUUUUUACUCAUACAAAAUUGAUUUACGUAUUUUAAUAAAUAAAGCGUUGUUAUGUCAAUAACAUGUUAAUAAAAUGCUUAUAAUAACUAUUUUUUAAGAAAAUAAACCUUACGGUCGACCUACAGUUGCAUACGACGCUGCUUCUACAGUUACUCAGAAAAGACGACAAUAUUCUUUGAGUUCAGCUAUAACCGAUACUCAAUGUUACGAGACAUCAAAAAAAAAAAAAAAAAAAUUAAGAGCUAAUGGAAAUCACAGUGGGGUAAAGUUGAUGGACAAAAUUGUUGAUCCGGAUACUGCAUCUGAAAUUUUAGAACUAAUGAAGAAGCCUGCUAAGCGUUCACGCAUGUCUCUUCAAGAUGCUGUGAAAUUAAUUGUAAAUUGUAACCUGAGUAUAUACACCUACAAGAUAUCAAGGAAAAUAACACUUAAAUACGGCCAUGACUUAUAUCCUACCUACAAAGAGGUUGCGAAAUUUAGAGAAGAAUCUUAUCCAAAAGACCUAGUAGUGACUGAAACAAAAUGUGUGGUACGACUUCAGAAGCUACUAAAUAACACUAGCGGUUAUUUAUGUUUUUACAUCUAUCUUUUUAUGAUAAAGAGAAUACAACUUUAUUAUUAAUUUUAAAAUAUGGUUUCGACGGGACGAAUGUCAACGCGUAUCGUCAAAAGUCAGAUGAUUAAAAAAAUUCAUUUAGCAGCAUAUUCUGCUGUUCCAUGGUACCACUUCGGUUGAUUGAUAAAACUACGAAAAUAGUUCAUUGGGAAAAUUCUCGGCCAUCAUCGAUUAAACUUUGUCGACCAAUAACAAUUUCUUAUGAAAAAGAAACUGAUGAGCUUUGCAAAAAUCAAGAAAGAGAUAUAAUGGCUCAGAUUCAAGAAUUGCAGGAUGUUUCUAUAAAUUGUUGUACUGUCCAAUUCUAAAUGAUAUUGACGAUGAUUGACGGAAAGUUGUGAAAUUAAACACCCAGCUGGAAAUGAUUAUUAUAUAUUUAUAUUAUCAUAUAUAUGUGUGUGUAUGUAUAUACUACACUGGUAGAAAUCUGUCAAUUUAAAAAUAACUUAUAAUCUAGGAACUAGGCAAGACUUAUAAAGAUUUUAUUUAUUAAGGAUAAUAUUAUAUUGUUGUGAUUGACAAAUUUUGGAAUGUUUUUAUUCUUUCUUUUCGGGAUUUAGUACAAUG